AUGGCUGCCAACAACAUGCUCAACCCGGCCGUCAACCCCGACGUCGAGGACGACCUCUUCGCCCAGGAGGUUGCCCAGGUCAAGGCUUGGUGGAAGGACUCGCGCUGGAAGCACACGAAGCGCCCCUUCACUGCAGAGCAGAUCGUCUCCAAGCGCGGCCACCUCAAGAUUGAGUACCCCAGCAAUGCCCAGUCCAAGAAGCUCUGGAAGAUCCUCGAGGGUCGUUUCGAGACCAAGGACGCCUCCUUCACCUACGGCUGCCUCGAGCCUACCAUGCUCACCCAGAUGGCCAAAUACCUCGACACAGUCUACGUUUCUGGAUGGCAAUCAUCUUCUACUGCUUCGUCCUCUGACGAGCCCGGCCCCGAUCUGGCUGAUUACCCUUACACUACCGUCCCUAACAAGGUUGGCCACCUUUUCAUGGCCCAGCUCUUCCACGACCGCAAGCAGCGCCAGGAGCGUCUCAGUGUCCCCAAGAGCCAGCGUGCCCAGCUUGCCAACAUUGACUACCUCCGUCCCAUCAUCGCCGAUGCCGACACUGGCCAUGGUGGUCUCACCGCCGUCAUGAAGCUCACCAAGCUCUUCAUUGAGAAGGGUGCUGCUGGUAUUCACAUUGAGGACCAGGCUCCUGGCACCAAGAAGUGCGGCCACAUGGCUGGCAAGGUCCUCGUCCCCAUCAGCGAGCACAUCAGCCGUCUGGUCGCCAUCCGUGCCCAGGCCGAUAUCAUGGGCUCGGACCUCAUUGCCGUCGCCCGUACCGACGCUGAGGCUGCUACCCUUAUUACCACCACCAUUGACCCCCGCGACCACGCCUUCAUCAUCGGCAGCACCAACCCCAACUUGCAGGCCCUCAACGAACUCAUGACCUCCGCCGAGGCCUCGGGUAAGGUCGGUGACGAGCUCCAGAAGAUCGAGGACGAGUGGCUGUCCAAGGCCAACCUCAUGCGCUUUGACGACGCCGUCGCCGCUGCCAUUGAUGCCGGCUCCUUUUCCAACAAGGCCGAGCUCCAGGCCAAGUACAAGGCCCAGGCCAAGGGCAAGUCCAACACCGAGGCCCGCGCCCUCGCCAAGAACCUCCUCGGCCUUGACGUCUACUUCAACUGGGACGCCCCCCGCACUCGCGAGGGCUACUACCGCCUCAAGGGUGGCUGCGACUGCGCCAUCAACCGUGCCAUCGCCUACGGCCCCUACUGCGACGCCGUCUGGAUGGAGUCCAAGCUGCCCGACUUUGCCCAGGCCAAGGAGUUCGCCGACGGCGUCCACGCCGCCAUCCCCCACCAAAAGCUCUCCUACAACCUGUCCCCCUCUUUCAACUGGAAGACGGCCAUGCCCCGCGAUGAGCAGGAGACGUACAUCCAGCGCCUCGCCAGCCUCGGCUACUGCUGGCAGUUCAUCACCCUCGCCGGCCUGCACACCACCGCCCUCAUCAGCGACAGCUUCGCCAAGGCCUACUCGAAGCAGGGCAUGCGCGCCUACGGCGAGCUCGUCCAGGAGCCCGAGAUGGAACUCGGCGUCGACGUCGUCAAGCACCAGAAGUGGUCCGGCGCCAACUACGUUGACGAGCUGCAAAAGAUGAUCACCGGCGGUGUCAGCUCCACCUCAGCCAUGGGCAAGGGUGUCACCGAGGAUCAGUUCCACUAA